UUACAUCAUAUCCAUGAACUACGUUGACUUGAACGAACAUGAAUGAUUUUUUUUUCUUUUCUAUCGAAGAUCAUCGGGCCCAUUUCUUCUUUUUCUCAAAAUCAAUUGAAGUUUGUUGCUAACCGACCAACAAUUUGUGAGCAAUGAGAUACACAUUCUGAUAUUAUCAAUUUCUCUCUGAUUUCAGUUUUUUCUCUGCAUUUGUUCCACCAAAUUUCACCGAAGAUGGUAAGGUUUUGCGGUUUUCGUUAAUUCUUCGACAUUUUUCGUUACGAGCGUUGUGUAUGCUUCGUUAGCUGCAGAUUUUCCGUUAAAUGCGUUGAACUAUCUCUAGCAUCGCGCCUCCCUUCUUUUGUUCCUUGAACGAGAAAAGGCAGGGCAGAGUUAUGUUAAUCUACGCUUAAUCAUUUCAUUCGUCAUUGUACAAACCUAUUCCCCCAUUCUUUCAUGAUCUGUGUGCUCGUUAUUUGAGGCUGGAGAUGUCAACCCAGCCGAAGAACUCCGAUUCAGGCGUUUGUCUCUUCGAUCUUCUAUUUCCAGAUUCAGAAAUGCGAGGCUGGGACUGGAGUCGAAUGCCCUCUGAUUCAGAAACGCAACGGUGGAACUGGAAAAAGGAUCAACAGCUCUCUGGCCCCCAGAAAAGGUUGGAAGAUCUGUUGCGCCAAUCUGGUAAUAAGUUAUGUGCAGAUUGUGGCUCACCAGAUCCGAAAUGGGUAUCGUUAAAUUUGGGAGUAUUUAUCUGUAUAAAGUGUUCUGGAGUACACAGAAGUCUUGGAGUUCAUAUCUCUAAGGUUUUCUCAGUGAAGCUUGAUAAUUGGACGGAUGAACAAGUCAAUACUUUUAUAAGCAUGGGUGGAAACGCAGAUGUAAACAAGAAAUAUGAAGCCGGCAUCAUAGAUUUGACCAGAAAACCAAAACCAGAUUCCUGUAUAGAGGAGCGCUUUGAGUUUAUAAGGAGAAAGUAUGAACUGCUACAAUUUUAUAACGGCAAUGGUCAUAAUUCUAGUGAUGGCUCAGUUAAUAAAAGGAUUUCAUCAUGCUCUCAAAUUAACUCUUCAAGCAAGAAUGGUUCCCAGGACAAAAGGCAGUAUGAGAAACUAGCUACCAGGCAUCGCAUUGCGAAUGCGUUUCGUAACAGCCGAGUUAGAAGAGAUAGUGACCACAAGAGUUUCGACAAGAGCAACCCUUCCGUCUCAAGACUAGCGUCAGCAGGUAUGGUCGAGUUCGUCGGGUUGGUUAAGGUCAAUGUGGUUAGAGGCACGAACCUAGCUAUCAGAGACGUGGUGUCCAGUGAUCCCUAUGUAAUUCUCUCAUUGGGUCACCAAUCUGUGAGGACUCGUGUCAUAAAGAGCAACCUUAACCCAGUUUGGAAUGAGAGCCUAAUGUUGUCGAUUCCCGAACAUAUACCUCCGCUAAAAGUGCUUGUCUAUGAUAAGGACACAUUUUCCACUGAUGACUUUAUGGGCGAGGCCGAAAUCGACAUACAACCCUUGGUUGCAGCCACAAGGGCAUACGAGAAGUCGACAAUUGAUGAAUCAAUGCAGCUGGGAAAAUGGGUGGCAACUAAUGACAAUACGUUGGUAAAAGAUGGAAUCAUUAACCUUGUAGAUGGAAAGGUUAGACAGGACAUAUCUCUUAGAUUGCAGAAUGUGGAGAGAGGUGUUCUUGAGGUUGAGCUAGAAUGCAUUCCACUCACACAAUAGCUGCUGCUAUGGGGAGGUAUUGAAUUCAUAUGAUUUUAUAUUUAGUCGAUCACUAGAAAAAAGCUUGAAAGUUGAAGAAAAAAUGAUCAUUCUCCUUUGGUAGCUGCUGUAUAUCAUUGGCAUUUGUAAUGUGUAAAUAAAAAGAUGUGGAAUAUAUGGCUUAGAUUUAAUCUUCUGUUCUUCAUUUUUUCUUCUUUUUUCAGAUCCUUAAAUUGUAUUACAAUAUUAGAGUUAGAACC